GUCCUUAGUUGGCCGUAACCGGAAGUUCAGAAAAUAUUUUGUAAAUAAUUGUUUUACACAGAACAGUUGAUCAUGUUCCCGUAACGGACAAUUUUUAAAGGUACUGGUUGAAAAAGGUCAAACUGCAGUGAUGUCUGGUCGUGAAAUAAUCAUCGAUCAGGCACCCAUAAUGAUACAACCUCAAUGGGCUCCGGUUCCUGUUUCAACAGAUGAUAUUCGUGAUCUCUAUGAAGACCUGGAGUAUGACGAAGAUGCUAUCAGCCUAGGGUCUGCAGGUAGAUGGACAAAGGAUCGAGGAAGGAGCCAUUACGGUCAUGGCAGAAUUGGAAAGGGCCAAAAUGACAGUAAUGUAAUAGAAGAAGUAGAGGAAGAAGACAAUGAAAGAGAUGAUGAUGAUGACUCCGAGAUUCACUCAAGGGUUGGGGACUUUUUCACGGCCCCCUGCAGGGCUGCUGAGCAGGCCGAGGAGUUUGUAAAAAAAGUCUGGGAGGCUGGCUGGAGGGUUGUCCAUCAUAAUUCCUUGCCCAACUGGCUCCGAGAUAAUGACUUCCUGCACAAGGGACACCGUUUACCUACAAACUCAUUUCUGGCCUGCUUCAAGUCCAUAUUCAGAGUGCACACGGAGACAGGCAAUAUUUGGACACAUCUGUUGGGCAUGAUAGCCUUUAUAGGCAUUACCAGUUAUUUUGUUACUCGACCCUCGUUUGAGAUCCAGUGGCAGGAGAAAGCUGUGUUUUCUGCCUUCUUUGUGGGAGCAAUUGUCUGUCUGGGCUUCUCAUGGGUGUUCCAUACAGUCUUCAACCAUUCGCAAGGAGUUGGAAAACUGUUUAAUAAGUUAGACUACUGUGGAAUAGCAAUACUGACAAUGGGGUCUUUUGUCCCGUGGCUUCAUUAUGGUUUCUACUGCAAGCUGGGGGUGAAGAUAAUCUACAUGGCUCUCACUUUCGGCCUCGGAACUCUGUGUAUCAUUGUGUCUCUCUGGAGUAAAUUCAGUGAGCCUAGGUUCAGACCUUUACGGGCAGGUGUUUUUAUCGCAUUUGGCCUGAGUGGUGUGAUACCAGCCCUCCAUAUUGUGAUAACAGACGGGUUCUGGGAGGCCGUUAACAAGCAUUCUCUCGGCUGGCUUUCCCUGAUGGGUUUACUCUACAUUGUUGGGGCUCUCAUAUAUGCCAUCAGAAUUCCAGAGAGGUUAUUUCCUGGCAAAUUUGAUAUUUGGUUUCAGAGUCACCAGAUCUUUCACAUGUUUGUGCUGGCCGCUGCCUUCGUCCAUUACCACGGUAUCACAGAGAUCGCCAACUACCGACUCAGCAAUGGGGAUUGUCUUACUAAUGAGUAUUUCUAGGGAAAAUGGAAUAGAGUUUAUGUGGAACAAAUAGACAUAUUUAAUUAUUACAUAUAUAAAAUGAUGCACGCUAUUAAUAAAUAAAUACACUGCAGUUUUUGAGACAGUAUUUAUUGCACACGACUCAUUCUAAAUAUAUAAUUCACAUAUCCCUUGGAAUCAUGACACAUUUUAUUGACAAAUAUUCUAUAGCUAUGUACACUAUUUACAGUGUUGCAAGCUUCAUUCUUAUUUUGCUAUAUAUUUCUCUCAAGAUGGAUACAAAGAGCUUAUUUCAUGGUGCACAGAUCUGAAAAAUGAUCUCUCUUUGAUUAAAGGCAUCAUACAAAAAGUGUAGGACCAAUGUUGUAUGUUACCCAUCUGCAAUCAAUUGUGUAGAACUGGGUAACUUUUGGUACGUCAAAUCAUUUGAUUAAUUGGUCAAUUAUCCAAUAAUUACAAUCAAUAUAUCUUUAUACUAAUGCCAGCAGCAGUCAGGUGUUAUAUGGUAUACUACUGGUAUUAUCUCAUUUCCUCCAGUUUUGGAGGGAGACAAUGAAUAUAAACAGAACUCCUUAAAGUGUUCAAGCCGUAAGCAGCCUUACAGCCAACCUGUAAGCAGACUUACAGCCAACCAGUAAGCAUCUUACAGCCAACCCGUAAGCAGCCUUACAGCCAACCCGUAAGCAGACUUACAGCCAACCCGUAAGCUGUCUUACAGCCAUCUCGUAAGCUGUCUUACGGCUAUAGUCAGAUAAAGGAGAGUUCAGAAUAUCCUUUCAGGAAAGGCCUACAUGUAUGAUUAUGUAUGGUAUAUGUUUGAUGAUAAAAGCAUGAAGGAGAACUUGCAAAUGACAAAUUAUGAAUUACCGUAUUAUAGUUAGAAUAUUGUGAUUAAAGCUGUUGUGGAUAACUCCCAACUCACACACCAGCGCAUUACUUGUUCAUGUUGUAUAUAUUCUUUCAUUCGAAAUUGUUGUUAUUUUAAAUUUGUUGUGCACUACAUAAAUCAUAAUUGAUGAAAUUGUUCAUAAUUAUGUAUGUAAAUUUUAAAAGUGACACUUUUAUCUUGUAAAAUAGUGUAAUGUUUUGAAUUGAGCAUAUAAUUAUGUUUGUGCAAAACUGCUAGUUUCCAAAAAAAAUUGAAGAAGUUUGACAUUAAUUGAUGAAAAACAUUUGCAUUGAUAUUGAUGCUGAGUGACAUGAAUUAGAAUAUUAAUAGUUCGGGAAAAAACUAGAGUUUAUAAGGUUAAAACUUAAACUUUUGAAAUUAUUGUUCUUAAACCCUGACUUUAACAUGUUCACAGAACAUAAAAAGUAUCAAAUUACUUCUCUGUAAUUUUGCUUCAAAGUGAGAUAAUUCAGUUUAGUAUAAUUUAGUUCUGACAGCUUUUAUCUCAGGCUUCAUAUUCUUCAAGAACUCAGCCCUGGAAUGACCUUUUGUUUUGUUUACAUUAAGAUUUUUCUUAAAAGUAAGAAAUAAAUAACUUGACACAUGAGAACAAUUCUAGAAAAGUGACAGCAUUGCAAUCUGCCAACUGUAUUAUAUUCUUUGUUGUUUGUACCAAUUCUCAUUAAUUGUGGAUAAUGUUUGUUUGUCACCAUUUUAAUACAUAUGUGUGAACCUUUCAAAUGGAAUAUAUGUUAAUCAUUAACCCCCAACCCCCCAUGUAGUGUUAUAUCAAUUUUAUGAAUUAACAAACUAAUUUGAAUUUUGAAGCUACACAAGAACGUACAGAUAUGUUGUAUACAUGCAUGUAUGUCCUUUCAAGAAAAUGUUCUUGAAAGAGUUAUUUAUAGAUAUUGCCCAGCCUUCAUAAAACACCUCAAGUCAAUUCUUAGCUUUAGUCGAUUUCUGAAGAUUUUCAUAGGCAGAUUUAACCUUUAAUUGUGUUUAUUGCAUUAAAUUAAUAAACAUAAAGUAUUUUAGACAAAGUAAUCAUUUUAUAUGUCAAGUGAGGAAAUUUCUGAAGUUAGGAAACGACUCCAGACGUUUUAUGAAUAACGGCUAUGAUUUAUGUCUUUCACUUUCAUUGGAUCCAUACCUCAUGGUUUUUUGAGAUAUGGUGUCCGAUGGACAAAUAAGCUUGUCAUUUUAUUGAGCCAUUUGUGAUGUUUAAUUGUCAUGCCCCGAUGUUAAAUUGUCAUGCCCAGAUGUUAAAUUGUCAUGCCCAGAUGUUAAAUUGUCAUGCCCAGAUGUUAAAUUGUCAUGCCCAGGUACCCGUAUCAUGGGUUUAGCUUAUUUAUUACAUAAAAGAUGAGGUUAUGACAGUUCAUGUAUUUGUAUCCCACUUGAACUGAAAUCGGACUUGGAAUGACCUUUUUUGCACUAUUACAGGCCAAAAAUGUGUUUUUUAUUUUUUUUUGUGUGUAUUUUUUUAUUCUUUUUCCUUUCAUAAAAUCCAAAUGUUACCAAAAUAAAUAAAGGGCCACCACGCAUCUACAGUUAAUAUAAUCGUACAUCAGAUACUGUAGAAGAAGAUUUUCAUGUUACACAUUUUCUUGAAACUCGCACAUUUCCACGGUAUUUUCACUGAAUAGUUACAACUUUUUAGUGGGUAUGUGCUGUGUCGAAAGUCACAUUACAACACAUAUAGUUAAGAAUCAUUUAUAGCACUUUCCCUCUUCUUUGGAAUUAAAGUUGUUUCACAAAAAGGUUUCUCAUAAAAAUCACUUGUUAUUUUACUAUGUAUUUUACUGGGUAUAAUUUAUAUGUAGCUGGGUAAGCAGAUUUGUUAUUGACAUACAGCUUUUUUUUAGAGACCAAUAUGAAGAUUUACAUUAGAAAAUACAGUAAUUAUUUUUUUUGUAUAUUUAAUGAAAUUUGUUUAUUGUGACAGGUUCAUCAUCUUUAAAAUGUAAUUGUGGUCCAAAACUGAAUGUAUUUCCUCUCAUUUUGUAGUGUUUACCUAUGUAUAACAAUAAUUGAAGCCCAGAAUUAUGAUAGUCUGGUUUUCCCAAGCCAAAUUUCCAUUACUAUGGAAACAAGAGUCAUUGAUCAGACACAUAAAUUUCAGUAGCUCGAAUUUUAUAUCAAUAGGUUUUAUUAAGUGAGAUAUUUAGAAGCUGCCGCAUGCACAGAAAGUUUAUUUUUGUUCUUCUUAAAGGAUUUGUUGGCAGAAUGCUGCACCUGUCCUGCUGUUCAGAAAAUCAAAAGUAUAAAACUGUUGGACAUAAGACUACAUGUGUUGUAUUAUGGAAAGAAUUAUUUAAUUGUAGAAACUCUUUACGUAGGGAUAAAUUGAGUAGGUUUUAAUUUCGAACUAAUAAGAUUGUCAUUCAAAGCAAAUUUUGUUAUUUUAAUUAAUGGUUAUGACUGUAAUUGAAAUUUAUUAUGCAGUUAGGAAGUGCGUUUGUACUAUAGAGUCUAUUUUGUGUGUUAUUUAUGGAUUGAUUUUGAACUUGUUGUACUCCAGUUACAAAUAAAUCAACAACUCAC